CAGUCAGUUUUCAAUUUUUGGGUUCCAGGUGAAGGCCUAACCUGUGCUUCACAGCCUAAACGCAGGAUUGUGGGGGUGAUGGUACCCGGUUGAGGUACCCAUGUGCAAAGAUGUCAGACGAGAGACAGGUGAUGCGCUCUCUGCAUGCAUCCCGUCUUCAACAGGGGGAGCACAGCCACGGAACGUGCCGGCGAACAGCAUGAGGUGAGGGAUUCUUCCGCUCAUCAUAUCUAAGCAGAACAGGGACCAUGAAAGCAGCAGAGCAGCUGUAUCGUCCUACGGAUACUUCAGACAUCCCUUCACUCUAAAAGCGUUCUCUUCUUACCCACGUUGAAUGACAAGGCGGAAUGGCAGGUGGACGUCGAGGACUUGUGGCCCCACAAAACACUUUUCUCGAGAACAUCGUCCGACGAUCCAAUGAUACCAACUUUGUUCUGGGCAAUGCCCAGAUUGUGGACUGGCCCAUUGUGUACAGCAACGACGGCUUCUGCAAGCUCUCCGGUUACCACCGUGCUGAGGUCAUGCAGAAGAGUAGCACCUGCAGUUUCAUGUAUGGGGAGCUCACAGACAAGGAGACGGGUGAGAAAGUGCAACAGACCUUUGAGAAUUAUGAGAUGAAUUCGUUCGAAAUUCUCAUGUAUAAGAAGAAUCGGAUGCCGGUGUGGUUCUUUGUAAAGAUCGCUCCUAUCAGGAAUGAGCAGGACAAGGUGGUGUUGUUUCUGUGCACCUUCAGUGACAUCACUGCAUUCAAACAGCCCAUUGAGGAUGACUCUGUGAAAGGAUGGGGUAAAUUCGCUCGACUCACACGGGCUCUGACCAGCAGCCGGGGAGUGUUGCAGCAGCUGGCGCCCACCGUCCACAAGGGCGAGAACGUCCACAAGCACUCUCGUCUGGCUGAGGUCCUCCAGCUGGGCUCAGACAUCCUCCCGCAGUACAAGCAGGAGACACCUAAAACUCCUCCCCACAUCAUCCUCCACUACUGCGCCUUCAAGACCACCUGGGACUGGGUCAUUCUCAUCCUGACCUUCUACACAGCCAUCAUGGUGCCCUACAACGUCUCAUUCAAGACCAAGCAGAACAACGUCACCUGGCUGGUGGUGGACAGCAUCGUGGAUGUCAUCUUUCUGGUGGACAUUGUGCUCAACUUCCAUACCACGUUUGUGGGGCCAGCCGGAGAGGUCAUCUCGGACCCCAAACUGAUCCGGAUGAACUACGUCAAGACGUGGUUCGUCAUCGACCUGCUCUCCUGCCUGCCGUACGACGUCAUCAAUGCCUUCGAGAACGUUGACGAGGGCAUCAGCAGUCUCUUCAGCUCCCUCAAAGUGGUCCGUCUGCUCCGCUUGGGCCGGGUGGCCCGUAAACUGGACCACUACAUUGAGUACGGGGCCGCUGUCCUUGUCCUGCUGGUGUGCGUCUUUGGCCUGGCUGCCCACUGGUUGGCCUGCAUCUGGUACAGCAUCGGCGACUACGAGGUCAUCGACGAGAACACCAACAGUGUGAGGAUGGACAGCUGGCUCUACAUAUUGAGCGAAUCGGUGGGGACACCGUACCGCUUCAACGCCAGUGGAUCUGGAAGGUGGGAGGGCGGGCCUAGCAAGGACUCAGUCUACAUCACUUCCCUCUACUUCACCAUGACCAGCCUGACCAGCAUCGGCUUCGGCAACAUCGCCCCCACCACCGACGGAGAAAAACUCUUCGCUGUGGCAAUGAUGAUGAUCGGAUCACUCCUGUAUGCCACCAUCUUCGGUAACGUGACUACCAUCUUCCAGCAGAUGUACGCCAACACCAACCGCUACCACGAGAUGCUCAACAGCGUCCGCGACUUCCUCAAGCUCUACCAGGUGCCCAAGGGCCUCAGCGAACGCGUCAUGGACUACAUUGUCUCCACGUGGUCCAUGUCUAGAGGCAUCGAUACAGACAAGGUGUUGCAGAUCUGCCCCAAGGACAUGCGGGCGGACAUUUGCGUCCAUCUUAACAGAAAGGUGUUCAAGGAGCACCCAGCCUUCAGACUCGCGAGCGACGGGUGCCUACGGGCUCUGGCCAUGGAGUUCCAGACCAUCCACAGUGCCCCCGGAGACCUCAUCUACCACGCGGGCGAAAGCGUAGACAGCCUCUGCUUUGUGGUGUCCGGGUCCUUGGAGGUCAUCCAGGAUGAUGAGGUUGUGGCCAUAUUAGGAAAGGGAGACGUGUUUGGGGACAUCUUCUGGAAGGAGGUGACCCUAGCCCAGGCUUGCGCCAACGUUCGGGCCUUGACUUACUGCGACCUCCACGUCAUCAAGCGUGAAGCUCUGCAGAAAGUUCUGGAGUUCUACACGGCCUUCUCUAACCACUUCUCCCGCAACCUGCUGCUCACCUAUAACCUCAGAAAGAGGAUAGUGUUCCGGAAGAUCAGUGAUGUGAAACGUGAGGAAGAGGAGAUGCUCAAGAGGAAUAAUGAGGCCCCUCUGAACCUUCCUCCGGACCACCCCGUCCGUCGCCUCUUCCAGCGCUUCCGGCAGCAGAGGGAGGCGCGACUGGCAGCAGAGCGAGCUAGUCAGGGGGAGCCACCAGACGUGGAGAAGGGCACCAUCCACCUGGAGCAAACCAAGGUCCACGAGGUCCUCGCCUCCACCAGCAUCAUCAUGGUGACCGAGAGCCCUGCCACUCCCACAGCUUCGUCCACAUUGUCAUCUUUGUCCUCCAGGCCCUCUAGCCGAGUCAUGCUUCAUGCCCCUGCCAUCCAAAAUGGCAACCUCGUAGGCUGCAAGUCCGCAGAGCCUGCGCCAAAGACCAAAAAGGGCUGGGGUCGUUUCAAGGAAUCCGUUGUGAAAGCAGAGUCAUGGAGCAGCGUUUCUAAGGCCGAGUCCAUGGAGACCUUGCCGGACAGGACUAAGUCCCAUAACGAGAUGUCUCUCAAGAAGACAGACUCUUGUGACAGCGGUAUUACCAAGAGCGACCUGCGCUUAGAUAACGUGGGUGACGCCCGCACUCCGCAGGACCGGAGCCCUGUGCAGUCAGAAGGGAAGCUGGUUGUCUGUCCGAUACCCGUACAGUCCAUGCACACCUCUUUCCUGGAGCUGAAGCAGGAACUUAGGGGAGACAUUGGGUCUCUUAAUGGCCGCAUGGCGGUGGUGGAGGCACAGCUGGCCGAGAUGCUUCAACUGCUAAAAUCGAAAAAGACCUCUAGUUCGAGAAAGGCCUCUCGCUCAUCCAGUUUCUUUGAGAUGUCACGACCGGCAUCCCCCGAUUCCGAUAAGGACGACAGCUUCUCACAAUCUUGACACUGCAUGUUUUGGCAGUCUAUGCAGUGUUUCCCAACUGUAGUCCCUGAUGACCCCCAACAGUAUACAUUAUUUGAUGUAGCCCCGGACAAGCACACCUGAUUCAACUUGUUAAUUAUCAAGCCCUCAAUGAGUUGAAUCAGGUGAGUUUGUCCGGUGCUACACCAAAAAUGUGUGCUGUUGGCGGUACUCAAACUGGAGUUGGUCUAUGGGACAUGGUCUAUGGGACAUGAAGUGAAUACAUCCUAGAGUUCAUCCAGGAGCUGGCUGAGGUGUCGCAAAAAUCUGAGAGGUUUUGUGAAGACUUGGGCAAUAAGAUGUUCCCAAAUUAGUACAGAUGAGUAAUGAGGGAUUAUCUUACCCUUUUAUUAUUAUUAUUAGAUAUAGGGGUAAUCUGGAUAAAAAGAUGCACAUCUGGAUUAUCUCUGCACCUUGAGGCACAUACUGUGUGAUAUUCCAUGGAUCUACUUUUGUAGGGGUUUAAACUGUAAACAGCAUAAAUAACGCAUUUGUUGUCGAAUUUCUUUUCAAUUGGACUCGUUUUAGUUUUGGUCACACAUUUCUCAUGGUAAAGCUAAAACCUUAAGGAGGUUUUCAUAAAAUCAGUGCACUCAAUUGAAAUUAGCAAUAAUAUUUUAUUGCAUUUAUAUAGUUUUUCACCAGGUCUCAAAGCACUCCACUUUGCAGGGGGUGAUGUGGUCAUGAUAACAUGAACACUGUGUAGCAACAGCGAAGAUGCACAUAUCUAAAAUGGCAUUGUCCAUGAAUGGAUUUGCUUUCGUUGUAGUUUGUCAAAGGUUAAUGCAUUACUGGGAUAAAGUACAAUCUUGUAAAUAAUGAUAGAUUGUUAUGUUGGAUAUCCAUCACUUCCCAAUGGCAGCAGGUACAUGUACAGUACAUGAGCACAGUUGCACAAUAUGAAAGUGUACCAUGUGUGUUUUAAUUUCAGUGGGAAAGCUGGAUAUUUAGAAUUUGUGUGUGUGUUAAAUGUCCUCGCAUGAUAACAUGUUUGGUCAUUAUAAUACAGUAUGUUGCAAAAUUUAAGUUACACCAAAAAUACAUGUUUGAGCCAUUUCUAAAAUAGGCAUUUUCACCCCAUCCAACCGUUAUGUUAUUUGGUUUUGUCCAGUCAACAACCAAACAAAUGUUGCUAUGCUAGCUCAAAGCACGCAUUGGCAACAACUGUAAACUUGUUUAGUAAUGCAAAAUUACACAAAAAUACCUUGAAAGCAGUGUGGCUUGUUAUUUACGCCAUUGCUCUCACUUUGUAUUAAAAUGAGGGGAAAAUCAUGAUUGUGAACUGUCAAUGUAUGGUGGAAACCAUGGCACCUUUUCAACCAACGUCCAUCCUGAAUUGUCAUGGGAAGAAGUCAAUCUCGACUAUGAAACCUUUGUGCAUUUCUGGUCAUCACUGUUGAUAUAAUAUGCAAAGUGUUGCCAUUUAUAUUGUGUCUCGAGCAUUUGUGUUGCAAUGUUAAAGGAGUAAAAUGAGAUACUUGCACAGACAGGUCCAGAAUUAUUGGUACCCUUGAUAAAGAUGAGGAAAAAUUCAGGAAAAUUAUAUAUGUUAUACUAAUACAAUUGCUCAGAGAAAGAGAUUUUGUUUGACAAGUAAUAAUUGUUUUCUCAAAAAAAAAGAUAGGGGUCAAAAUGAUUGGCACCCCUGUUUUUAAUACUCUGGCACCCUCCCCCUUGCGAGGAUAAUGGCACGGAACCUUUUCUGAAUUUUUUAUGAGAUUGGAGAACACAUUGGGAGGGAUCGUAGACCAUUUUUCCAGAUCUUUCCAGAUCCUUGAUAUCCUUUGUCUGUGCUUAUGGACUGCCGGCUUCAAUUCAAACUACAGGUUUUUAUUGGGAUUCAAGUCCAUAGACAGAUGGCCAUUGCAAAAUAUUGAUUUUGUGGUCACUUAACCAUUUCCUUUGUGUAUUUUGAUAUGCGCUUGCGGUUGUUGUCUUGCUGGAAGAGCAACUUGCGGCCAAGUUUCAUCCUCUUGGCAACCUGGUUUUUGGGAUAAAAUACCCUGGUACUUGGUAAAGUUCAUGAUGCCGUUGACAUUAACAAGGGCCCCAGGGCCAGUGGAAGCAAAAUAGCUCAUAACAUCAAAAGAUCCACCACCAUAAAGUAGGUAUGAGGUUAUUUUCUGCAUAUGCUUUCUUCUUUUGAUGCCAAACCCACCACACUCAUGUGCAUGGCCAAAGAGCUCUACUUAUGUCAUCUGACCAUGCUCAGGUUCCAAUCCAAGUGCCAAUGCAAUGAACUCCCAAGCGGUUCCCUUCUGGGUUGCUCUCAAUUAUGUUUUUCUGGCAACCCUUCCAAAAAGCCUAUUGGCAUGGUGUCUAAUUAUACAUUUAAAAAGUCUUACUUGGUGACCCGAAGAUGUUCUGUAAUUCUCCAAAUUUGGCUCUUAGAUGUUUCUUUACAUCCCAAACCAUCUUCCUUACUGUGUGUGGGGACAAGAUACACAUACGUCCAAUAUCAGGCAGGUUUACCACUGUUCCAGAAGUUUUAAACCUCCUAAUUGUUGGCAUAAUAGUGGUAAAUAGUCAUUUUUUGUACCCGUUGCCUGAUUUAUGAAGGUCCACAACCAUCUCUUUUCAUUGUGAGUUCUUCGCCUUUUCCCAUGGUGAUGGAUGAUAAAUUUACAUGUGUGUUACCUAAUUUAUUUAUUUAUUUGAUUUAUCCCAGUAAAACAGGGAGCCAUGGAAGACCACAAUGCAGUUAUUUAAGGUGGGAUUAAUUUUAAAAAGUAGAAUUUUAAUGCAGAUUGUUUCAUAAGAGUCUUUAGGGGUGCCAUUAAACAUUUUGAGAUAUAUUUUUUUUCUCUGAGAAAUUGUAUUAGUAUAAAAUAAUGUAAACAUUUGAGCAUAUAAUAUAGCUCAGGAUUUGUACAUAUAGUGCGUUCGGAAAGUAUUCAGACCCUUUGAUGUUUUCCACAUUUCAUUACAUUAUUACAACCUUAUUUUAAAAUUGAUUCAAUUGUUUUUUUCCCUCAUCAAUCUACACACAAUACCCUAUAAUGACAAAGCAGAAACAGGUUUUUAGAAAUGUUUGCAAAUGUAUAAACAACAACGGAAAUUUCACAUUUACAUAAGUAUUCAGACCCUUUACGCAGCACUGAAGGUGAAUUCACCAAUUUGUAAGUCGCUCUGGAUAAGAGCGUCUGCUAAAUGACUUAAAUGUAAAUGUAAUGUAACUUUGUUGAAGCACCUUUUGCAGCGAUUACAGCCUUGAGUCUUCUUGGGUAUAAUGCUACAAGCUUGGCACACCUUUAUUUAGGGAGUUUCUCCCAUUUUUCUCUGCAGAUUCUCUCAAGCUCUGUCAGGUUGGAUGGGGAGCACCGCUGCACAGCUAUUUUCAGGUCUCUCCCGAGAUAUUAUAUUGGGUUUAAGUCCGGGCUCAGGCUGGGCAUUCAGAGACUUGUCACAUAAGCCAUUCCUGCAUUGUCUUGGCUGUGUGCGUAAGGUCUUGUCCUGUUGAAAGGUGAACCUUCGCCCCAGUCUGAGGUCCUGAGUGCUCUGGAGCAGGUUUUCAUUAAGGAUCUCUGUACUUUGCUCCGUCCAUCUUUGCCUCGAUCCUGACUAGACUCCCAGUCCCUGCUGAUGAAAAGCGUCCCCACAACAUGAUGCUGCCACCACCAUGCUUCACCAUAGGGAUGGUGCCAGAUUUCCUCCAGACGUGACACUUGGGCAUUCGGCCAAAGAGUUCAAGCUUGGUUUCAUCAGACCAGAGAAUCUUGUUUCUCAUGGUCUGAGAGUCCUUUAGGUGCCUUUUGGCAAAACUCCAAGCGGGCGGUCAUGUACCUUUUACUGGAGGAGUGGCUUCCAUCUGGCCACCACCAUAAAAGUCCUGAUUGGUGGAGUGCUCCAGAGUUCCAUCACUACAGAGGAACUCUGGAGCUCCGUCAGAGUGACCAUUGGGUUUUUGGUCACCUCCCUGACCAACGCCCUUCUCCCCCAAUUGCUCAGUUUGGCCGGGCGGCCAGCUCUAGGAAGAGUCUUGGGGGUUCUAAACUUCUUCCAUUUAAGAAUGAUGGAGGCCACCGUGUUCAUUUCUGCAGCUUCAAUGCUGCAGAAAUGUUUUUGUACCCUUCCCCAGAUCUGUGCCUCGACACAAUCCUGUCUCUGAGCACUACAGUAAAUUUCUCAUGGCUUGAUUUUUGCUCUGACAUGCACUGUCAACUGUGGGACCUUAUAUAUAAACAGAAGUGUGCCUUUUCAAAUCAUGUCCAAUCAAUUGAAUUUACCACAGGUGGACACCAAUCAAGUUGUAGAAACAUCAAGGAUGAUCAAUGGAAACAGGAUGCACCUGAGCUCAAUUGAGUCUAAUAGCAAAAGGUCUGUAUACUUAAAUAAAAAAACAUACCUUAUUUACACAAGAUAUUUUCCAAGAUUUCAAAAAAUACAUUUUUCACUUUGUAAUUAUGGGGUAUUUAAUCCAUUGUAUAAUAAGGCUGUAACAUAACAAAAUGUGGAAAAAGUAAAGGAGUCUGAAUAGUUUCUGAAUGCACUGUAUACAGUCUUUUUUGCUUAUCUUUAUCUAGGGUACUAAUAAUUUUGCAUAUAAUGUAUAAGGAAUAUAAAUCAGGAAAUACUCAGUUGCACUUUUGCCAUUUAAAGAAACAUCGUAGUCAAUGCACGAGAACCGCACCUGAAUUUGUAUUUUCUUGAGUAAAUAUAAAAAGACAUUGUAUCUCCCAAUGCUGGCCCUUGACACUCCCUUUCUACACAUUUGACAUUCAUGGAAUAACACCAAUAAUUAAAAUUAGAAAACAAAUUGGAUUCAACUCAUAUUUAACCCUGGCUUUGAAUCUUCAGUGUCUUUCCUGCAACCUUGUUCGUUGUGCACAUGAUUGCAACACAAUGUUUGUACUUGACCUUAAAACUGUAAUAACAAUGUAUGCACUGUUCUAAAAUGUCAGAUUUGGAGGAAUACGAAUAAUGAAUUGUAAGGAAUAAUAAUGAAUAGUUAGGAAAGUUUUCACACCCCUUGCCUUUUUACAUAUUUUGUUGUGUUACAGCAUGAAUUUAAAAUGUAUUAUAUUUAGAAUUUUCUUGUCACUGGUCUACACACAUUAUGGAAUUAUGUUUUUAGACAUGUUUACAAAAAUGAAAAGCUUAAAUGUAUUGAGUCAAUAAGUAUUCAACCCCUUUGUUAUGGCAAGCCUAAAAAAGUUCAGGAGUAAAAAUGUGCUUAAGUCACUGUGUUCAAUAAUAGUUUUUAAACAUGAUUUUAGAAGGACUACCUCUGUACCCCACACAUACAAUUAUCUGUAAGAUCCCUCAGUUGAAGCUGUGAAUUUCAACCACAAAGAAGAGGGAGGUUUUGCAAUGCCUCGCAAAGGGGACCUAUUGGUAGAUGGGUAAAAUAAACACACACACAAAACAGACCAUGAAUAUCCCUUUGAGCAUGGUCAGGUUAUUAAUUGCAUUUUGUAUGUUGUAUCAAUACACCCAGUCGCUACAAAGAUACAGGCGUCCUUCCUAACUCAGUUGCCGGAGAGGAAAGAAACCACUCAGGGAUUUCACCAUGAGGCCAAUGGUGACUUGAAAACAGUUAGAUUUUAAUAGCUGUGAUAGGAGAAAACAACUGAGGAUGGAUCAACAACAUUGUAGUUAUUCCACAGUAAUAACCUAAUUGACAGAGUGAAGAGAAAAGCCUGCACAGAAGAAGAAAAAAACAUUCCGUUAAGUAAAUAUUGCAAAAGAAAUACUGCAAAAAAUUUGGCAAAUUUUGUCCUGAAUACAAAGUGUUAGUGAGUAGCACUAUACAUAUUUUCAAACAUAGUGGUGGCUGCAUCGUGUUAUGGGUAUGCAUGUAAUCGUUAAGGACGGGAAUUUUUCAGAACAAGAAAUAAAUGGAAGGAGCUAAGCACAGGCAAAAUCCUAGAGGAAAAGCUGGUUCAGUUUGCUUUCCAGCAGACACGGGGAGAUUAAUUCACCUUUCAGCAGGACAAUAACCUAAUCCACAAGGCCAAAUCUACAGUGGAGUUGCUUACCAAGAAGACAGUGAAUGUUCCUUGAGUGGCCAAUUUACAGUUUUGACUUAAAUCUGCUUGAAAAAUCUAUGGCAAGACCUGAACAUGGUUGUCUAGCAAUAAUCAACAACCAAUUUGACAGAACAUGAACAUUUUUGAAAAUAAUACAUGGGAAAUUGCACAAUCCAGGUGUGAACAGCACUGAGAGACAUUUAUACUCACUGCUGUAAUCGCUGCCAAAAUUGUGAUUCUAACAUCAAAUCAAAUUGUAUGUGUAAUACAACAGGUGUAGACCUUACAGUGAAAUGCUUAUUACAUGCCCUUAACCAACAAUGCAGUUAUGUAAAAAAAUAAGUACAUUUUUUACAAAUAUUUAAAGACCAGCAGUAAAAUAACAGUAGUGGAGCUAUAUUCAGGGUGUACCAGUACAGAGACAAUGUGCGGGGGCACAGGUUAGUCGAGGUAAUAUGUACAUGUAGGUAGAGUUAGUGACUAUGUAUAGAUAAUAAACAGAGUAGCAACAGCGUAAC